GGAUUUGUCAAAGGCCAGCAUCUGGCAGAUUUUGCAGCCGAAUUAACACCCAUACCUGAUAGCUCGGAGCCGGUGUGGCAUCUUCACGUGGAUGGCUCCUCAGACAGAAGGGGUGGAGGAGUUGGAAUUGUGUUGGAAGGACCAAAUGGUCUUGUCAUCGAGCAAGCCAUAACAUUUCGAUUUCAAACCCGCAACAAUCAAGCAGAAUAUGAAGCCCAGAUUGCCGGUUUGAUUCUAGCCAGAGAAUUAGCAGUCGUUGGAUUAGAAUGUCGGAUGGACUCUCAAUUGGUGGUCGGCUAUAUGAACGGAACCUUCCUGGUCAAAGAUAAUCAACUGCUACGCUAUUUUCAUAAAGCCAACAACCUCCUCAAAGACUUUGUCAACGUUAACAUUAUCCACGUACCUAGGGAACAAAAUGCAAGAGUUGAUCUCCUAUCUAAAUUGACCCACUCAAGAGAGAAAACAAAACUGUCUUCAGUCAUCAAGAUGACGCUCGACAAACCUAUAGUAGAAGCUUUUGCCACUAACGUAUCAACACACAAAGCCGAUUGGAGACAGAGCAUACGAGAGCUAAUGGUGAAGCAGGAGCAGGGAGAAAAGGUUAGUUCAGCCGACUCUAAACGCAUCGCUCGAUUUUUGUGUGUAGGUGAUGACCUGUACAGACGUGGUUAUACAACACCGCUGUUAAAAUGUGUGUCGGAGGACGAAGUAAAUUACGUUCUGCGAGAACUUCAUAACGGGAUAUGUGGUUUUCAUUCGGGAAAACGCACGCCCAAUGCACGAGUGCUGCGAGUAGGAUAUUACUUGCCAACGAUCGACCGUGAUUGCGAAGCGUUUGUUAAAAAGUGCAUCUUUUGUCAGGCGCAUGGUAACGAUUUUCGCGUCCCUCCUGAAGAGUUGCAUGGCCUUAUCUCACCAUUGUCAUUCGCCCAAUGGGGAAUGGAUAUAGUGGGACCAUUACUGAUCGCAAAAGCUCAGAACAAGUUCCUCCUGGUGGCAAUUGAUUAUUUCACCAAGUGGAUAGAGGUUGAACCAUUAGCAGUCAUAAGCGGUCAACGCGUACAAAAAUUCAUCUGGCACCUAAUAUGCCGGUUUGGUCUGCCCCAAAAAAUCAUCACUGACAACGACAGGCAAUUCAUCGAGAAAAGAUUAGAAGAUUUCCUCAAGAGUUUAGGGAUCAAACAUGUUACCAGCUCGGUGGAACACCCGCAAAGCAAUGGACAAGCAGAAGCUGCCAACAAAGCUAUACUCACAGAAUUAAAAAAAUGA